AUGGAUCGCCCAGAAGUGGUAGAGUCCGCACGAAAGCGGCAAAAGACCGAAGAUGUGCCUGCGAUUGAUGUUGGCACCGUUGCUCGAGUUCCGAAUCCGAAGGAGCUGGAGGUUGGCAUCGCGGAGCUGGUGACCGCGAAUAUUGAAGGGAUUGGCGGUAUUCUGAAGAAAAGAUACACUGACUUCUUGGUCAACGAGAUCAUGCCCUCCGGCGAAGUCGUACAUCUCCGAAAUACAUCUGUACCCGAUUCUAUGAGUUCAACCAAGAAGGAGCCAGAGCAGCCCAAACAGCAAGAAGAAAAGCCCGCUGCCGCAACUGAAGAGGCGGCCGAACCCGAAUUCCAGGUGUCAGACACAGACAAAGCUUCACUCACUGGGCUCUUCGGCGAGAAGAGUGCCACGGAAAUUAUUGAGCUUCAUGCGCGAGCAAUGGCCGACCGCAAGGCCCGACCUUCUGAAUUCGGAACAAUUGCAGCGGUGGUGACAGACCGGGAUACUCGCACGAAAAUGCAUCAGAUCAUUCGCGGUAUCUUUAAGUCGCAGCUGGAAUCAAGUGCUGAUGGUGAAGGUAACUUUUCCAUCGCUGCUGCUUCCAAUCGCUUCAAGCGUGCUCCUCAGGGUGGACGGCCCGGUCGCUCCAACGGAGGUAACAGAGUCAGCUGGGAUGAGUUGGGUGGCCCGUAUCUCCACUUCACGAUUUUCAAGGAGAAUAAGGAUACAAUGGAAGUUAUCUCCUUCUUAGCGCGUCAAUUAAAGAUGAAUGCCAAGAACUUCCAGUUCGCCGGUACUAAAGAUCGCCGUGGUGUCACCGCACAGCGUGCCUGUGUUCUCCGUGUGCAGGCGGAGCGACUAGCAAAGUUGAACUCGACACUACGGGGUGUUAAAUUGGGUGACUUCGAGUACCGUAAGCAUGGUCUGGACCUGGGAGAUCUUUACGGCAAUGAAUUUAUUAUCACGCUGCGCGACUGUCAAAUCCCUGGUCUGGAUAUGCAGAACCCACAAGAUACUAUUGCAAAGGCUUCUAAGGUCGUCGAGUCGUCACUGGAGAAACUCUUUGAACACGGCUACUUUAACUACUAUGGUCUGCAACGAUUCGGAACGUUCUCCGCCGGCACUCACUCUAUCGGUAUCAAGAUGCUACAGGGUGAUUUUGAAGGCGCAUGUAAUGCGAUUCUACACUACUCUCCACAUGUCCUCGCCGCGGCUCAGGAAGGUGAAGACUCCACAGCACUCAUCAGCAGAGAUGAUAAGGCACGCGCCUUGGGAAUUCAUCUUUUCCAGACCACCGGGAAUAUCAACAAAGCUCUACAAGAACUCCCAGGGAAGUUUUCUGCAGAGACCAGCCUCAUCCGCCACCUCGGUCGGGCUAAGAGUGAUUUCCUCGGAGCCCUCCAGUCUAUUCCCCGUAAUUUACGCCUGAUGUAUGUUCAUGCGUACCAAUCCCUUGUAUGGAACAAUGCUGCUAGUGAGCGCUGGCGUCUCCACGGCGAUAAAGUAGUCGAGGGAGACCUAGUCAUUGUGCAGGAGCACCGCGACAAAGAAUCCAAGAAACCCGAAGCCCAAGAUACCGUUGAUGCGGACGGAGAGGUCAUUGUUAUACCAGAGGGCGAAAACAGUGCCAAUGCAACCGAUGAUAUGUUCACGCGUGCACGAGCUCUGACCAAUGAAGAGGCUGCCAGCGGCCUAUACUCUGUCUUUGAUAUUGUCCUUCCUCUGCCCGGCUUUGAUGUUAUCUAUCCUUCCGGCAAGAUGAACGACUUCUACCGUGAGUUUAUGGGCAGCGAAAACGGCGGUGGCCUAGACCCUCUGAACAUGCGACGAAAGUGGAAGGAUAUCAGUCUCAGUGGCAGCUACCGCAAGAUCCUCAGUCGCAUCGGUGGAGCUUACUCAUUUGACGUCAAGCUUUAUUCUGAGGAGGACCAACAGUUUGUGAAGACUGAUUUGGACAAGCUAAAGCAAACCACUGAUGAUGCCGAUGCCGUUUCCGAUACUCAAACAGGUGAUAAGCUAGCUGUUGUGGUCAAAUUCCAACUUGGACAAAGCCAGUACGCUACUAUGGCACUUCGAGAACUUUCAAAGGGCAGAGUACAAGAGUGGAAACCCGAUAUGGGCCCAGGCCGAUAG